CACUUCUUAACACGUGGUCAUUUUGCGUCUUCUCCCCCAGAUCAGUGAGUUUGGACAAAUGUCGAGACUGCACCGUUGUUCUUGGUCCCGUUGAGACCAGCGUUCACAUCCACAGCUGCCAGAACCUGCGUGUGAUGUGUGUGUCGGGCCGGAUCGCCAUCGGGGUCUCCUCGCGUUGCACCAUCCACACUUUGACCCCCACUCGACCUUUGCUCCUCCCAGGAAACACAGACAUUACUCUGGGGCCUUUCCACACCUUCUACCCCUCCCUGGAGGAUCACAUGGGCAGCGUGGGGCUCGCUGUGGUCCCAAACGCCUGGGAUAGACCCUUACUUGUGGGUACAGAGGGGCUUUAUAACCCCUCACUCAACUCCUCGUCCAACCCGGCCCCUCUCUGUUACCGCCUGCUACCUCCAGCUGAGUUUAACACCGUUGUGGUGCCUUUCGAGAUGGAGGGCGACACGUGCGAGGUGCCGGGGGGGCUACCUCCUCUGUACCAGGCGGCGGUGGAAGAGAAGGAGAAGAGGAUCCAGAACUGGCAGAAAACGGUGUUGGAGACCCCGCUCAACAAGUGAGUAGCAAAUCAG